CAAAAGCCCCACCAUGUGGGGCCAGCUGGUCCACACAAAAUCCCUGCAGUGGGGCUGUGAGAAUAGUGCUAAUGCCCCAUAUUAUAUUGAAAAGAUUGUUAAGUCCAAAAAUGUUACAAACAGGAAUUAAAAUAAAAUUCGAAAAAGUGAUAGCCCUUACACCAUAGUCCUGUCAUGUUCAAGAAGAACAAAUAACUCAUUACAUUGCAACACAUAAGCAGACAAAAUAAGUCCAAAAAAUAGAGUGGAAAUUUAAAUUGAGUUAAAGGGUGUGGGGAACAAUCUUAGGUACAGAUCCAGAGCUAUUGCCAAGAGAUUGCUGGAGAUAGUAUCUUAUGGUAGGCGAUUCUGGAGCAUUUCUAACAUUAAAUGGUGAAUAGACCAUAUUUGUAUUCUUGGUAUUGGACUGGAGCUAACUUGCAAUGGAGGCUCGUGGGGAAUAUCAUUGAAAAGAGAUUUAAAAUAUCAUUUCCAUUUGAUUCCCCACAUUAUCUUCAGUUGCAAGCUAGUUCCAGUCCUAAACCAAGAAUACCAAUAUGGUCUAUUUUAUCAGGGGGACACCAUACUUUAAAAAGCACAUGACCGUCCUCAUCUGCACGUUAGAAAACUUAGAGAAAAGGAGCUAGAGUUUGGAAAUUUUUCAACACAGAUAUUGCUGCAGACUUUGUGGCGUAUACUGGCAAAAAUUAAACUGAAAGUAAUUAGAUUAGUCUUUCAGUCAUCUGUUUGAUUUCAGGACCCAUGCGAGAUAAAUCUAAAAAUUUAUCAUGGUAAAUUGGAAGUAAUUUUGUAAUCAAAACUCAAGAAACUGCGACCAAUGGUGGACCCCAGGCGGCAGAAUAGGGCCAUUCUAAUGCAUGAUGAUGUUAAAAAAUUUCUCUGUUACUGCAGACUUCAUCAGUGGUGGAUACAGACCAUGAGCUAAGGGGAAGGGGGGCUUGUUUUGCUUGCCCUGCCGGCUUUCCUUCUUCUUUUCUCCCCCAAAUGAGAGGGGCGGCCAGGCCCCCUGGGCCCCUCCCCUACAUCUGCCACUGUUCAUGGCAUUUAGUUGUCUUGCUGUGAACAGUUCCAUUGCAGUUCUAACCAAAAAACCCCUGAAGAACCGCCAUUUUUUAAAUCUCCCCAUUCAAAACGUUUAAAUCCCUAAAAGCUUAAAAAAUUCGCCCAAAAAUCAGCUUGGUGGAAGAAAUCCUCAAAAAAACUGAUAAACUAUUUUAUGUAAUUUACAAUGAAAUGCAGUAUUAGUUUCCAGCUCCUCAAUCCCUCUUUCAAUAGGUAUAUUUAAGAUUCCUUUUAUCCCGUGCCAGCCAAUAAUGCGAGGCAUACCUCUACUACCAGUUUAAGACUGUAGGCACGUCACGAAUUCUAAAUCAGUUUUUUUUUUCUGUACAUUGCUACUAAACAAACUUGUUCUGUUUUCAGAAAAUAACCCUUGCACGCCUUGCGUGCCUAUAUUUUUUCUCGUGUCCUACUCGUACCCAGGAAUUCUCAGCGACGUUGUCUCGGCGGCCAUUUUCCGUUUUCCGAAAGGGAUUCCAGUUCUUUGCAUGUCUCGAGUUUUCAGCGAACAUUGUUUCAAGUGAAGAAGAAAAAGCAAACGGAGUAGAAUGAAGGAGUCCUCACGAACAAGACAGAAAGGAUCUCGUCGAACGAUCUGUGCAAUAGCCUUCAUUCCAUCCUUAAUUGUGGUGAUAUUUCUCGUUGUUUGGAGACCGCUCUUGCUUCCAUAUUUCUUUAGAUACGCAAAGAUGGUUAUUUCUGAAUUUAUGAUCGAUAGGCAGAGGUUUCAGGAUAAUCAAAUGCAGUUGGCCAACAAGGAAUGGAGAAUGUAUCAAAUUGAAAAGCGAUUUGGCCAAGACUGGUGCAAAGAGACCGCGAAGCCAAGAAGUGACGUCACAUGGCUGACCGUCAUGGUGAAUGAAGAUUUCGCCGCCCCUACGUUGGUUCUCGGUCACUCUAUCCGUACAUUUUCAUGCCAGAAGAACAUGAUCACGUUUGUUUCGGAAAAGGUGAGCGAGGGAACGCGAAAAGCCCUUCAGAGUGUUGGUUGGGAAACUCGAGUGGUUGAAGAAAUGGACUGUGAUUGGUUAGAUGCCAAAAUUGGUGGAGACCGCAACAGUGGGUGGUUUGGAAAGCCACUUGGACACAGAAUAAGAGGGACACACACACGAUUCCAUGCUUGGAACUAUACAGAAUAUUCAAAAAUCAUUUACCUUGAUGCAGACUACAUGUUGAUGACAAACAUGGAUGAACUUUUUGACAUUCCAGAUGAUUUUGCCGCUGUUCCAUGCUCCAGACCGGGUGUGUUGGAACCAUGCUUCAAUGCAGGACUUCUGGUUGUUAGACCAGACACCAGCUCUUACCAGGAGAUCAUGAAAAAUUGGUGGAAAACCACAAAAAAAGACACUUGUCCCAGUGAUCAAGUUUUGCUCUGGCAUUAUUAUGCGGACGCUGGUAACUGGAAGGCACUUCCUUAUGCAUACAACAUCAGACGCAUUAUUUUUAGGCCCCUGAACUCAUUCCAUUAUGCAUGCUGCAGGCCACCUAAACCAUGGUCUGCAGCUUGCAGGCCAAGCAGAAUAGAAGCCAAGGAUUUUAAGGGACCAAUUGUAACUGUUGAUCAUAUGUCAUUAAUCUUUUGGAAAAAUUUCUAUGAAUUGUUAGAGAAGUACAACUUAGAUGAAUGGUGGAGGUCUACAAAGUUCUUCCAGCCAUCACAGGAGUUUGGGCUUGUGUCUUAUGCUGACUGCUGGAAACAUGUACCGAAAUAAUCUGGAUGACAUAAAUUAUUUGUUCACAGGAAGUCCAAGGUCACAUUAAGGGCAGAAAUGUACACGAAUGCACGCAAAAUUGUAGGGCAGGAGGUGCAGGGGGGGAGAGGUCACACCCUGCUGAUUCACCUCUUGUUCCUCUGUCUCUUAACUCCUAAUUGAUUUUUCCCAAAACAAUUAGAUUAGUCACUCUCGAUUUCUAUGCAUGAUAGUUGAUUCAGGCUGUGCACUUGUCAACUAUCACAAGAUAGAAAUCUUGAGCUCAUAAUCUAUUUGUUAAGUAUAUGGCAUACCAGCUGCUUUUAUUGUAUUCAGUUUUGUAGACAUGGCAGAUAUUGCUAAUGCAAUGUUACAGGAAAUGUCUGCAUUAAAAAAAAAAAACACUUUGUUGCUUGGAAAAGAUAAAAACAGGUCUGUCAAACUUUAUGAUUUAAGAUGGCCACAUGAUUUUCCCUUUGGGAACUGCAUUUUUGUAUGACAGCCAUAAAUGUCAAGUGAAAAACUUCCACAAUAAAAAUAAAGGAGCACCCAAAUCAAAACAAACAAAAUCAUUAUUUCACAUGCUGCACAACUGUUCAAACUCAAGUCAAAGGCAGGGCCGUAGCUAGUAAAAUAGACUAUGAGUAGUACUGUUCCUCUUUUGCUUUGCCCUUCGUGCAUGACGCGAAAGAAAACCACUAGAAAGAAAUAGCUAUGCGAAAUCCUGGGGUUCUAGAAGCACAUGUCUCGUCUGCAGGAUUUCACGCAGCCAUUUUUUCUUUACGGUUUAUUUACGGUCUUGUUCGACAGACUAAGUGAAAGAGGGACUUCUCGAAGUCUUCUAGGAAGAAGGAAACUAAUGCACAUUCCUCCGUCAUUUUUUUUUUUUUUUUCGUUUUUUGUUUAUUGUCAUAAUUAAUACCCUAAAUAUCUAAGAAGGAAAUCUAACCAUGGACACUGCAUCAGUCAUAAUUUUUUCAUGGACUUUGCCUCAGUCAUAAUUAGUUUCUGGCUACGGCCCUGAAAGGCAACAAACGUCUUGAAAUUUAAUACACUUCUUUAUCUUGUUUAUUUCACUUAUGUCCAGGAUUGAAUGCUAAAUAAGAUGCAUGCUCCUUAUGAGAUGCAUCACAAAGUGUCACUUUCAUAGUCAUACUUGACAUUAUUAUGUGUGUUUUGGUGGCAUUUUUACAAAUUAGGACACUUUGUGAUGCUUAUCACAAAGAGAAUGCAUAUAAUAAGCGUGCACUCCUGGAGAUAUCUGGUCUUUUUGUAGUAUCAUUUUUUUACCUCUAUUUUACACUUCUUUGUUUAAGUUCUAGUAUAACUGAAAAUUUUAUGACUGGGUAAAUUAUAUAUAAUACAAUCUAUGCUUCUGGGUUUUUUUGUUUCACUGAACUAUGGGUGUAUGCCAAGUAAGUAAAACGUUUACCGAAAAUUAGUGGCAAAAAGUCUUAUUAGCCCAGCAAAUCAUUCCAGUUUGGAAAAUAGGUUAUUUGGAAUAAUGAAACUGAAAGAUCACAGACAUCUUCAAGUCAAAUGUAAACACUAAUAAUAAUAAUGAUAAUGAAAAUGAUAAUGAUAAUGAUGAUGAUAAUGAUGAUGAUGAUGAUAUAAUAAUAUAUAUUACUAAUUAAUAAUUUGUUCUAUCACUUUUUACCUAAGUUAUUUUUUUACAUCUACUUAGCUAUAGAUAUUGCCAAAACUCAAUAUGUUUAUGUAAUUUAAUGAGUGAAUGCAGGAGCCCAGCUGAGUGAUGUUUUACUGAAAGUGUUACCAAUGAGUAAAUUUUAUGAAUGCC